AAUAAUAAUAAUAAUAAUAAUAAUAAUAAUAAUAAUAAUAAUAAUAAUAAUAAUAAUAAUAAUAAUAAUAAUAAUAAUAAUAAUAAUAAUAAUAAUAAUAAUAAUAAUAAUAAUAAUAAUAAUAAUAAUAAUAAUAAUAAUAAUAAUAAUAAUAAUAAUAAUAAUAAUAAUAAUAAUAAUAAUAAUAAUAAUAAUAAUAAUAAUAAUAAUAAUAAUAAUAAUAAUAAUAAUAAUAAUAAUAAUAAUAAUAAUAAUAAUAAUAAUAAUAAUAAUAAUAAUAAUAAUAAUAAUAAUAAUAAUAAUAAUAAUAAUAAUAAUAAUAAUAAUAAUAAUAAUAAUAAUAAUAAUAAUAAUAAUAAUAAUAAUAAUAAUAAUAAUAAUAAUAAUAAUAAUAAUAAUAAUAAUAAUAAUAAUAAUAAUAAUAAUAAUAAUAAUAAUAAUAAUAAUAAUAAUAAUAAUAAUAAUAAUAAUAAUAAUAAUAAUAAUAAUAAUAAUAAUAAUAAUAAUAAUAAUAAUAAUAAUAAUAAUAAUAAUAAUAAUAAUAAUAAUAAUAAUAAUAAUAAUAAUAAUAAUAAUAAUAAUAAUAAUAAUAAUAAUAAUAAUAAUAAUAAUAAUAAUAAUAAUAAUAAUAAUAAUAAUAAUAAUAAUAAUAAUAAUAAUAAUAAUAAUAAUAAUAAUAAUAAUAAUAAUAAUAAUAAUAAUAAUAAUAAUAAUAAUAAUAAUAAUAAUAAUAAUAAUAAUAAUAAUAAUAAUAAUAAUAAUAAUAAUAAUAAUAAUAAUAAUAAUAAUAAUAAUAAUAAUAAUAAUAAUGAUAAUAAUAAUAAUAAUAAUAAUAAUAAUAAUAAUAAUAAUAAUGAUAAUAAUAAUAAUAAUAAUAAUAAUAAUAAUAAUAUUAAUAAUAAUAAUAAUAAUAAUAAUAAUAAUAAUAAUAAUAAUAAUAAUAAUAAUAAUAAUAAUAAUAAUAAUAAUAAUAAUAAUAAUAAUAAUAAUAAUAAUAAUAAUAAUAAUAAUAAUAAUAAUAAUAAUAAUAAUAAUAAUAAUAAUAAUAAUAAUAAUAAUAAUAAUAAUAAUAAUAAUAAUAAUAAUAAUAAUAAUAAUAAUAAUAAUAAUAAUAAUAAUAAUAAUAAUAAUAAUAAUAAUAAUAAUAAUAAUAAUAAUAAUAAUAAUAAUAAUAAUAAUAAUAAUAAUAAUAAUAAUAAUAAUAAUAAUAAUAAUAAUAAUAAUAAUAAUAAUAAUAAUAAUAAUAAUAAUAAUAAUAAUAAUAAUAAUAAUAAUAAUAAUAAUAAUAAUAAUAAUAAUAAUAAUAAUAAUAAUAAUAAUAAUAAUAAUAAUAAUAAUAAUAAUAAUAAUAAUAAUAAUAAUAAUAAUAGU